CCGGGGACGCGUGCGCGCGCGCCCAGCAUUCCGCGCGAGCCAGAGGAAGACAGCGGGAAGGCCGGCACACGGCAGCACAGCACGCCUUGCCCAGCCAGCGCCCGCCCGUGGAGCCCGCGUGGAGCGAGCCGCACGUUGAUCCAGCAAGAUGAACACCCUGCUGUCGCGGGCGAACUCGCUGUUCGCCUUCACGCUGAGCGUCAUGGCGGCGCUCACCUUGGGCUGCAUCCUCACCACCGCCUUCAAAGACAGGAGCGCGCCAGUGCGCCUGCAUGUCUCCAGGAUCCUGCUCAAAAAAGUGGAAGACUUCACUGGACCCAGAAAGAGAAGCGACCUGGGCUUCAUCACGUUCCACAUCUCUGCGGACCUGGAGAAGACCUUCGACUGGAACGUCAAGCAGCUCUUCCUUUAUCUGUCGGCAGAAUAUUCCACCAAGAGCAACGCCGUGAACCAGGUGGUCCUCUGGGACAAGAUCCUUCUGCGAGGCGAGAACCCCAAGCUGAACCUGAAAGAUGUCAAAAGCAAGUAUUUCUUCUUUGACGACGGACACGGGCUCAAGGGAAACAGGAAUGUCACUUUGACUCUGUCCUGGCAAGUUAUUCCCAUUGCUGGGAUUCUGCCUCUAGUGACUGGAUCAGGACGGGUGUCUGUCCCGUUUCCAGAUUCCUAUGAAAUAGCCACGACUUUUUGAAGAACUAACUCU